GUGCGUAGCGCGCGUCCGCGGUCAUCAUGCAAUCGGGCGGCGUGACGGCGGCGCCGGCACCGUCAUCCCCCAAUGGGUACGGUGCGCAGCAGCAGCAACAGCUGCAACAGCAACAGAUGCUGCUGCAGCCGCUGCCCAGCAACUCGCCGGCGUCCACGGCGGCCACCGGGACGGCCACCACCAACAAGAUACUCAUCAACGGCGGCCGGUUCGACUUCGACGACGGCGGCACGUACUGCGGCGGCUGGGAGGACGGCAAGGCGCACGGCCACGGCGUGUGCACCGGCCCCAAGGGCCAGGGAGCGUACUCGGGAUCUUGGCACUACGGGUUCGAGGUGUCUGGCGUUUACAUGUGGCCCAGCGGUAACACUUUUGAAGGCCAAUGGCAGAACGGGAAGAGACACGGGCUAGGCGUCGAGUCCCGCGGGCGUUGGCUGUACAGAGGAGAAUGGACACAGGGUUUCAAGGGCAGGUACGGUGUCAGACAGUCGGCCACGACCAACGCCAAGUAUGAGGGUACUUGGGCCAAUGGGUUGCAAGACGGCUACGGGUCGGAAACGUACGCCGACGGUGGAACGUUUCAGGGGCAAUGGAUGCGUGGAAUGCGACACGGAUACGGUGUCCGAAGCAGUGCACGGUUCGGGAUGGCAUCUCAUUCUAAGCCAAACAAAUCGGACAUCCGGAAUUCAUUGUCGUCGUUAGGCAGUGACGACGCGCACAACAAGGCGGGAAGUGCGUCCGACGAUCCGGUGAUCGGCAGCGAGGGCCGUGAUAAAAAGCUGGACGACACGCGCGGCGGGUUCGUGUUAAAAGCCAACAGUGACGAGCAGCACAACAAACGAAAGACGCUAGUAUCUAAGUCCACGCACAGUCUCAAGAGGACUUUUAUGUCUGGUUUCAAAAUGCGAAAACAAAGAAGCACUGGCGAGCUGGAGAAGAAAGUUUCGGGAAGCAUUAGGAGCACGGCGUCAUGUACUUCAUGGAUCAGCACUGGAUCAUCUCAGUCCGCGAUGGGCGAGUCCUAUAACACUGACUCCAACGCUAGCUUCAUCGUUGAGGACGAACAUAUGGACGUGAACACAACGGAAACGUACGUCGGUGAGUGGAAAAAUGACAAGAGAUCUGGAUAUGGAAUCGCCGAGAGAACAGACGGGCUUAAAUAUGAGGGCGAGUGGUUCGCCAACAAGAAAUAUGGUUAUGGUGUGACUACGUUCAAGGACGGCACGAAAGAAGAGGGCAAAUACAAGAACAAUGUAUUGAUUACAUCUCAAAAGAAAAAACACUAUUUCCUGAUGAGGUCGGCCAAGCUCAAGGAACGGAUCGAGGCCUCUGUGAACGCAGCGCACAGGGCGUCUAAAAUAGCAUUGCAAAAAGCGGAUAUAGCAAUAUCUCGGAUGGCCACAGCGAGGGGCAAAGCGGAACUGUCUGACAUCGCAGCGGACCACGCUCGAGAGGAUUACGAAAUAGCCAAACUCACCGCCAAACAGUUUGCGCCAGAUUUCAUUCAACCAGGACUGGAAAAAACCAGACUCCGGGAGAUUUUGAAACAGCGCAUGUCAAUCGAUCAAAAAUCGAUAUUGCAGCCGUUGAUAUCAAUGCCAAACCCAGCGUCCUCGUCGUCGGACGCGGCUGACGCGUCGUCCCUGUCUCUGUCCACCAACAACUUGUUGUACACAGCUACCGGCGGCGGUCAACAGGACGCGGCUGCAGCUGCAGCAGAGACCACGCCGCAGUUCAGACCCAGGUCGCAUUACGCGCAGCCUUACUAUCAGUCCACUGCGACCGGAAACCAUCAGCAGCAACAGCAACAGCAGAGCAACAUGGGCCAAACGUUCGGCGGCCGAAACAGUCUCACCCCGGAAGUGAGACAGAAUAAUCCGUCGACGACCAACCAACAUCACCCGCAACAACAGAACCACGGUUACACCGCACAGCAGAACACCGGCGGCGGGUCCUCGGCCGCCCAGCAUCCGGCGCCGCCGCUUCCGCCGCCGCCGCAGAGCCGCCAGAUCAACAGCAGCAACAGUGGUGGUGACCAGUACCCCGGUAGCUCGCAGAACGCCGCCGGGGGGUACGGCGCCGGGUCGAUCCGACGGCCGUACGAUCAGAACGGAGGCGCCGGUGGAGUCGCGCCGACGGCCCGCCAAAGCAUCUCGGACAGGGCGUCGUUUUCACAGCCGCGCAUGCUGCCGCCGCCGCCGCCGCUUUCGUCGUCGUCGCACGCCGCCUACCCGCGCUCCAACGAGGAGGCGAUGGGGGGCGCCGCUGGGACGUCGUCGCGCCGCGACAGCGCCGGCAGGCCGAAUCGUUACAGCCAGUACGAGGCCGGAAUCGACGACGACACCGAUCCUUCGUUGUUGAGACGCAAUACGAAAUACGUCAACAGAGAGUCACUGUACACGUUCCAACAGGCAAUGAGCGACCAUUUUGAUCACUACAAGAAACCACCGAGCCGGGAUAAUAGUGUAGACCGGUAUAGCCGGGCAGCCAGUCGGCUCAGUGGAGGGUCGAGACAGUCAUCAGUGGAGAAGUCACAAAAUCAGCAACAGCAGAGAAGAGGAGGAGAUGAUCGACUUCCGUCAUCAUCGUCUUCUGCAGCAAAUAAAUCAUACAGUGGAGCGGCGGGCUUCGUUGCAGCGUCGGCGGCCGGGGCUAAUCAAAACAUCUCGUCGUCGGCCGCCACGCAGCGUCAACCACCGCCGUUCGAAGAAAUUAUACUUAGACAACGAAACCUCGGCCAGGAGAUCGUCCCAUCACCUAUCGGUCAACCUAAGCGCACCGAGUCAUUGUACGUGAACCCGAAUACCGCUCGCAAAGAAACAAAACCCAAAGAAGUUCCAGUUCAGAUGGGACUGCAACGCAAAAAGAGUCUGCCGGACGUCCAAGUGCCGCCGAACGCUCCGGCGUCGAUCACCCGGGAAGAGGUGUCCGUGUUGAGUUCGGCCAGAAGAGAGGAGAUGCGUAGGUUGGAAGAAGAAAACGAACGGCUCAGAGCUAACCCACUGCUCUACCUAGUCAGUCCACACAUGAAGGAUUGGUUCACGAGGCAACAGUUGGUGUUGGUGAUAUUGAUCGUCAACAUAUCGUUGGCGUUGAUGUUUUUCAAACUUCUGACAUCUUAGAUGCGGCGCCGGUGGUAGACGGCUUGGACACUUUCGCAAAGCCAUAAACGAAAAUAGAAAACAAAAUAUACAUUUAUUAUAUUUUUUCAAACAUAUUAUGUUGAGUUAAUUCGGCGGUGACAAAUCAAUGUUAUUGCGCGUCAACAUUAAUUAUUAUUUUUAUAACGACCGUUUCGGGACGAGACGGUUCGGAACGGCACCGGACGUCUCUUCCAGAAAACGUAUCCGAUGCGUUUAUUUAUUCGUUUCAAUCACUUUUUGGUAAUGUUAUAAACUAUAAAUUAAAAUAUAAAUAUAUAUAUAUAUAUAUAUAUAUAUAUAUAUAUGUAUUAAAUAUAUGUUUAUAUAUUUACCUAACACCACGUAUGUUGUACGGUGUUGUUUCCCAAUAAAUCAAUUUAUUAUUAUUAUUAUUAUUAUUAUUAUUAUAUUAAAACACGUAGUGACACAAUGUGAAGUCAAACAACUCGACAACGGUGUCUUAUAAUAUUAUAUAAGACUCGAGUCGAAAGCGAUUGGCUUUUAUUUCGGUAUAAUAUUAUAUUUUGUUAGUGAAUAUAGUGCAUUUGUUUUUUUUUU